AUGGCGACUGCUGCCGAACAACACAAUACAAACGGAAAGAAAUGUUAUAUGAAUAAACGGUACGAUGACGCAGUCGAGCACUAUUCCAAAGCCAUAAAAGUGAAUCCGCUGCCUAAAUAUUAUCAGAACAGAGCGAUGUGCUAUUAUCAGCUAAACAAUCUGAAAAUGACCGAGGAAGAUUGUAAGCGAGCACUCGAACUGAGCCCGAAUGAAGUCAAGCCUCUCUAUUUUCUGGGAAGUGUUUUCAUGAAAAGCAAAAAGUUCAACGAGGCGAUCAAUUGUCUUUCCAAAGCUCUCUAUCACAAUGCAGUUAUCACAAAUGCCGCUGACAUUGAAAACGCGCUGAAACGAGCACGUCAUCAAAAAUACGAAGAGGAGGAGUCGAAGAGAAUAAUUCAGGACGUUGAAUUCCAUACCUAUCUGGAGAGUCUUAUCGAUAAGGAUCGACAGGAAAAUGCAGAUAAUCCAGAGGGUUUGCAAAGGGCAGAUAUGGCGAAAAAGCGGUUGACGGAAAUCACUACAGCGGAAAAACGCCAAAAUCGUGAAAUUCCGGAGAUGUUGUGUGGCAAAAUCACGCUGGAACUGAUGAAGGAGCCAGUGAUCGUUCCAUCGGGUAUCACUUAUGAUAGAGAGGAAAUUGUGCAGCAUUUGAGAAGAAUAGGUCAUUUCGAUCCGGUUACCAGGAAGCCAUUAACUGAAAGCGAGAUUAUUCCCAAUUAUGCGCUCAAAGAGGUUAUCGAGAAGUUCCUCGACGACAAUCCAUGGGCGAAGUAUGAGCCAGGAGCCAUGGACUGA